CGGGGGGAGGGGUAAGAGUAUGAAGGACUUAAUUGGCUGAAGUCUUGAUUAACAAGGGAGUCCGACAUUGCGAAGGGUAGAUAGUAAACUGGAGCGCCACUAUCAGAUCGAUUGGUGGAGCAGGUUCAAGGAACUGAAUGGGUUGUUCCUGGUCCCUCACGGAUAUAUUUUCCUGUGUUGAGGAGAAAUAUGCACUCUUGCACCUUCAAUCGAUCGAGACUGCUGGCCUUCCUGCUCGUAGUUGGUGUCACACUUGUCAUCUAUUACUUGCUUCCCAACACCCUGCCGGACAGCACUAAGUCAGUGGGGCCACUUCGGGCAUACGAUAUGACCACCACUAACAAGCUCAUCGUCACUGUCAAUGUCACUGUGGAAAAAUCUUCAAAUCAAAUCCAGGUUUUCUACCGGGAAACUCUACCUCUGCAGGAAAGCAGAGAAAGCCAGCAGCCAAGCUUGGAGGUACUGCUGCUACACGGACAGGCCUUCGACUCAAAGACCUGGGAGGGGCUAGGAACACUGAGUCUGCUUGCUGAGAAAGGAUACAGAGCUGUGGCAAUGGACCUACCCGGGUAUGGGAAUACCCCACUGUUGGAUAUUGACAAAGUAGACAAGGACAGAGCUGACUUCCUGCUGGCCUUUCUGAACGCUGUGGGACUCCAGGCACCAGUCGUCGUCAGUCCCUCAAUGAGCGGUCACUUCUCCAUUCCAUUUCUGAUGUUUUACGCCCAGCGACUGAAGGGCUUUGUCCCCAUUGCACCUGCUGGGACGAAUCUCUACAAUGCUGACCAGUAUGAGAAGAUCCAGACCCCGACCCUGAUUGUUUUUGGAGAAUUGGACACUAAUCUGGGUGUGCAGUCCCUGAAAAACUUAAAGUAUCUUCCCCAUCACUCUGUCUUCAAGAUCCCAACAGCUCGUCACGCCUGUUACCUUGAUGAACCACACUUGUUCCAUACUACUUUAUUGGACUUUCUAACUAGAUUUUAGCUUUGAGUGUUUAUACCACUGAUGUCACUGUGCACUGGGAACUGUCCGUUUAAAACAAUUAAGACCAGCUCCAAACUAGCUUCAUCAACAAUUGUUAUUAAUUUCUCAGAGUCAGACUCUGCAACAGGAGGAACUAAAACUAACUAUUUCAGAUUUAUUUCAAAACAACUUCCUCAGUAUAUAUUAGUUAAAACGUGAAAAAUUCACAGAUUGGAAAACACAGUUUCGAAGAGAUAAAGAUUUAGUCCAGUUUCGGGCCGAUUGGGUAAAUGUCCCCAUAUAGACCUGGGAAAUUUCGGGUUUGCUCCCUGGCCAAAGCUGAAGAGGCUGAACUCUUUCAUUGUAGGACUAAACCUCACAAAACAGACAGGACUAAGGCUUUGGCCUUAGCUUCUGUUUGCUGAGCUGAGUUUAGACUGGAACACAGUAAAAAUGCCAAAUGUAGGUCCAACUUCCUCCACUAUUCCUUUUUUCCAACUGCUUUCUAAAAUAUUAAUUCUGUCUCGUAGGGGAAUUUAUUUUAUAACCUGAUCAAAGAAAUUAGGCCAUGCAAGUAUUCUUAAAAUUCACUAGCUGUCUUCACCUUUUCACUGAGCGUCUGUGAUGCUGAUGUCUGCUGUUACACGUUUAGACCAUUGAGGGGCAGUCAUGUGUUCUUUGAACCCAGAAACUGCGCACUCCUACUUGAACUGAUUUUAAUCUACCAUUUACCUACUUCUCUUUAACAAAAUUCCAGUAUUUCAAGGAAGAAUUGAAACACAUUUCAGAAUGAGUACAGAUUUCACAACAUGUGCCUGUCAUAUUUUAACAUUUCACUGAGGAAAAGCCAAAGGCUUGUCGUUGAAAGCCCUUGGGCCUGAUGUUUUGACUCAGAGCUUUGACACUGAGCUGGUUUUUGGCCUAUUGAAUUUUCUCCGUUCUCUCUGGUUUCAAAAUGAAGUGUUGAUAAGUUUCAGAAAAUGUUUUAAGUCGAGAAACGGGCUUGUCUCAUGCUAUUUCUGGUUGUUGAACAAAAAUUAAUUUCAAGCCAGCUAAU